AUGAAUCAUAAAUUAAUUAUAAUAUUCUUUGUUUUUGCUACUAUUGUUAAAAAUUCUGAAACAAGAAACAUUAAAAAUAAUAAAUUUAUUAAAAAUGAUUCUGUUAAAGAAGAAGGAGGAAACUUAAAUCAACUUACACUUGAAGAUAUUAUUUUAAAUAAUGAAAAUUUAAGUAAACGUAGCAUAGAAGGUCAAGCUCCUCCAAAUAAAAAAGGUCCUGUAAAGCCAAUUAAUAAAGUAAUAGGCAAAAAACCACCAGGUAAAAAACCAAUAGCUAAGAAACCCCCAGGUUUAAAACCUUCAGGUAAAAAACUACCACCUUUAAAACCUUCAGGUAAAAAACCACCAAUUAAAAAGCCAAUAAUUGUAAAACCACCUGCUAAAAAAUUAUCUUCUACUAAAUCAACAGAUACAUUAACAACAGAUACAACAUCAACAGAUACAUUACCAACAGAUACAACAUCAAUAGAUACAAAAUCAACACAUACAACAUCAGAACAUAAAAAACCAACACGAACAACACCAGAAAGUAAAAAAACAACACAAACUACACCAGUGUAUAAAAAAACAACACAUACUGUUCAAACAACUACAAAGAAAAUAAAUACAAAAUUAACAAGUACAACAAAAUUAGAUAAAGUUAAAAAUAAGGAAACUACAAAGAAAAAUAUAAAAAUGUUUAAAAAAGACGAUGAAGAAGAUGAUGAUGAAGAAUACGGGGAUGAAUACGAUGAAUACGACGAUGAAAACGACGAUGAAUAUGAUGAUGAAGAUGAUUAUGAUGAAGAUGAAGAUAAUUAUGAUGAAGACGAUGAUGAUGAAGACGAUGAUAGUAAAGAUGAUGAUAGUAAAGAUGAUGAUGAAUGCGAUGAUAAAAUAGAUGAAUAUGAACAUGAUUUUGAAGAUGCUGAAAGGGAUGAAUAUGUAUAUAUUUACGAGAAUGAAGAUAAUGAUGAUGAUGGGGAGUAUUUGAAAGAUUAUUUAUACGAAUAUGAGUAUAAAAAUGGAUAUGAUUAUGAAUAA